UCAUAUCCUCGCCUUCCCGCUCUCCUUCCGGUUAUCUUCCCUCUCAAUCUCGUCCCUGCCACGGACUUCCAGGACGAACGGAGAACGGCGACGACGAGGGAGGCGAACGGCGGAUUUCGACGAACGGCGGCGACGUUGGAGUUGGGCGACGGUCAUCCAGCUCUAACGACGGGUUUGGGGCGCCUGAGUUGGAGAUUAGGGCAUACGUUUUGUGAAGUUGGGGGCGACCGUUUGAGAAAUUGGGGGUAUUUUUGUCUGUUUGGUUAUUUAGGGCGGAAAUUUUAAAAAGUUAGGGC